AUGGGAACUCAAACAUUCUUCCACCAUAGAGAGGAGGAACAAAAGGAGGAGAGGCAGCAGAGGUUGCAAAUGACCUCCAUGACUAGAAAGAAAAGGUUCAAAACCAGUGAGGAAGAAGAAACUUUCAGCCUUUCGGAGUUAUCCAUAGCAGCUGCCCUUGCCUUGACCUCUGAAACACCACGGAAUUACAAGCUAAGAAGAGAAGCUGCCAUCUUAGAGCUUGAGCAGAGGGGGCAGAAGAGAGUUUGUUUUGGGAAUGAGAUGGAGAAGUUGGAAGAGGAGGUUAUUAAGAACUGCAGACUGCUGCGUGUGAGAGCCGACCGGAGAGUGCUUCGGAGGAAGGCUGUAGAAAAGGCACGCAGGGAGAAGGAAUACAUUGAGCUGUGUUCGGGUCGAGCACCUAUGUUCUGGAUCCCCCUCAGAGUACACGCAGUCUGGGAGAGGAUGGAAGUGACACUGACAUGUACAGUCCUGGCUUCCCCACUGCCACAGGUGACCUGGUAUAAAAAUGGAGUCCCGAUUGACCUCCGUUUAGCCCCAGCAGGAAAAUACAAGAUCAAAAACGAGUUUGGAAUGUUGACCUUGCGCAUCAGCAGAUGCUCCAUGGAAGAUUCUGCUGAAUACAGUGUUGUAAUUGAGAAUCAGUAUGGCAAGGCUUACUCAUUUGCUACAGUGCUUGUCAGGAACUAUUACGGAAAGGAGUCGGGCUUUGAUUCGGAAAUAUACAGGAGAUCUCUUCUUGCCAGAGAGGCAGACUUUGCCUCCUCGCUGAAACCACUAUUUUCAAGAGAAAAGGAGCCUUUCACCCUCUCCUGUUACUUCACUUCUGAUUUACUUGAACACCAGCGAAACAUUACCUGGUUCAGAGAUGGUGAGUUGCUGCAGAACUCAGAACAUCAGGAACUGAAGUAUCAAGACCAGGAAGCUUCUCUAAGAGUGUCAUGUGCUUACAAAGAAGAUGAGGGGUUCUACACAAUCCGUGUCCCCUCACUGGGUGGAUGCAAAGAGCAAACCACUUAUGUGUUUGUUCGAGAUGCUGCAGCAGAAUCAGCUGGUGCACCUGGAUCCCCUCUCAAUGUGAAAUGCCACGACAUAAAUAAAGAUUGCUUGAUUCUUUCUUGGAUAGCGCCCAGUGAUGAUGGAGGAAGCCCAAUCCUUGGAUAUUUUAUUGAAAGGUGUACGGCUGGGUCAGAGAACUGGGUUCCAUGCAAUGAAAAGCCUCUGAAAACCUGCAGAUACCCCGUCCUGGGCCUUGCUGAAGGACAGGCAUAUCAGUUCCGAGUGAAGGCUGUCAAUAAAGCGGGGAUCAGUCAUCCUUCAAAAAGCAGUGAUCCAGUUAUAAUGUAUGACCCCAGCAAAGGCAAGAGAGUGACAGUUAUUCCAUAUGAUGAAGGCAGGAUGAUAGAAAUUUUCAAGGAUGACCUAGAAGGACACAUUAAGAUUCCCCUGCCACCCACCAAUGUUCACGCAAGUGAGGUCAGGGAAGAUUAUGUGGCUUUGGCCUGGGAUGAACCAGAUCCGAGAGGCAGAGAAUCACUCCAAUAUUAUGUGGAAAAGUUGCUUGUGGGCAGCAACUCCUGGCAAAUGGUUAAUCUGGAUAUGCCAGUUAAUUCCCCAAGAUUUGCAUUCUUUGAUCUCACUAAAGGAAAAACGUACCGUUUCCGAGUGCGGUCCAUUAACAAGUAUGGAAUCAGUGAGCCAUCCCUGCCCAGCGAACCAAUCACUGCUGGAGCAAAACUCGCUCCUUUACCACCACCGUCUCAGGUUUUAGCUUUCAGAGACACCAAGACAUCUGUUGUUUUGCAGUGGGAUAAAUUAAAGGAUGGUCUGGAACCUUUGGGCUACUACAUAUAUUGUCGGGAGACUGGGACAGAAGAAUGGCAAACUGUCAACAAUAAGCCCAUGAUGUGUAAUGAAUUUACUGUCCCAGGGCUGAAAGCUGGAAAGGAGUAUGUCUUUUGUGUGAAAUCUGUCAGUGAGGCAGGAUUGAGCGAAAGCUCUCCAGAAACAGACCCUAUCACUGUAAGGCCAGCAAUAGCUCGCCCAUCAGCACCACGUGGGUUUGUUCUGCUGAGCUGUGGGAAGACCAGCAUGACCAUCGGCUGGAAACCCCCGAAGCGUAAAGGAGGAACAAAGAUUCUGGGUUAUUUCCUGGAUCAGCAUGAUGCAUCUGAGCUGGAUUGGCAUGAAGUCAAUAGUCAGCCAAUUCCUCAGCGAGUUUACACGAUUAGCAACCUUGAAGAAGGCCAUCUGUAUGAAUUCCGCGCAUGUGCAAUGAACAUGGCAGGUGUUGGGGAAGUAUCUGAGCCCAGCGACUUGUUCAGAUGUGAGGAAUGGACAAUGCAAGAACCAGGUCCUCCUUAUGAUGUGAAGUUCUCUGAAGUGAGAGACUCUUCCCUGAUGCUGCACUGGCAAGCCCCACUGUACACAGGCGCAGGUCCAGUUACAGGCUAUUAUGUAGACAUGUGUGAAGAAGGGACAGAGGAAUGGAAGCAAAUAAACAAGCAGUCCACAGCUGCCACUCAUAUGAAGGUUUCAGACCUAGACACAGGGAAAUGCUUUAUUUUCCGAGUAAGAGCACUGAACAAGGCUGGAAUUGGACCCCCUUCACUUGCCUCAGAUCCAGUGGUGGCUAAAAGCAAGCCAGGCACAAAUGAAAUUGAACUCGGGGUGGAUGAAGAAGGGUUCAUUUAUAUGGCUUUUGAAGCUCCUGAAAAGAAUGACUCCUCUGAAUUUAUCUGGUCGAAGGACUAUGAAGGACCACCAGAUGCUGACAGAGUUCAGACAGAAGAGAAAGGCAAUAAAUCUAAGCUUAUAUUGAAAGAUCCAUCAGAAAAGGAUCUGGGAAUAUAUUCAGUGGAGGUUACAGACGUAGAUGAUGAUAUCUCUGCCAGCUGCGCUUUAACACAAGAAGAUCUGGACAAGUUACUGAAACGUAGCCAUGAAAUCAGGAACCCAUUAAUAAAGCUGAUAUCUGGAUGGAAUGUUGAUGUUCUGGAGAAAGGAGAAGUGCGGCUGUGGCUGGAGGUUGAAAAGCUGUCACCAAAUGCAGAGCUGCAUUUAAUCUUCAAUGAGAAGGAGCUUACAAGCACACCAACACAUAAAAUAAACUUCGUCAAAGAAAAAGGUCUGGUUGAACUGAUAAUCCAGAACUUCUGUGAUGACGAUAAAGGAGUGUACACAGCCCGGCUGCAGGACGGAAAAGCUAAAAAUCAAUUCACCCUUGUUCUUCUGGAUGAAAGUUUUGAUAAAGUUGCAAAGGAAGCUGAUGCAAAACGAAGGGAAUGGAAGAAAAAGCAGGGGCCGUAUUUUGUAGAGAAUUUGAAAUGGAAGGUUACCGAGAACUGUGAAGUGCUCCUUACCUGCAAGGCAACAAAUCUGAGAAAGGACACCAGCUUCCAGUGGUUCUUCAAUAAGAAAGCCCGAACAGGUGGUGUGUUCGACCCAAGGACUGGGAUAGGAACUCUCCAUAUUAAAAAGAUAACCAAAGCAGAUGAGGGUCAAUACAAAGCAGUUGUUUCGGAUGACCGAGGAGAGGACUACACCCAACUUGAUCUCAUAAAAGGAACCUUUGAAGACCUUCUCAAGGAGCUGUGUAGGAUCAGUGCUCUUUCUGCUACACCUCUGAAAAUUCAGCCUACUGACGAAGGCAUCAAAAUCUACACAGAUGUGAAGUACUACACAGACUACAUGAAAACAACCUGGUUUCACAAGGAGAAGCGACUGGAAAUUCGUGACAAACUGAAAGCUGGGAGCACAAUGAAUCAGAUCUGGCUCCACAUACUGAACCCAACAGAUACAGAUAAAGGAAAGUACAUCCUGGAGUUAUUUGAUGGGAAUGACUCUCACAAGCUGUCAACUGACUUGUCUGGGCAAGCCUUUGAAGAUGCUCUGGCUGAGCACAGAAGGCUAAAAGAAGCAGCAAUUGCAGAAAAGUGUCGUGCCAGAGUUGUUCAAGGUCUGCCAGAUGUAGCCACCAUCAUGGAGGAUAAGACCCUUUGUUUAACUUGCUGUAUCUCUGGAGAUCCUUACCCAGAAAUCACUUGGUUCAAAAAUGAGAAAAUGAUCAUCUUUAAAGAUCGGUACAGAAUGGAUGUGAAGGGGACAGUUGUCACGAUUACGAUAGAGAAAGUCUGCAAUGAAGAUACGGGAAAAUACAGCAUCUACGUUAAGAACAAAUAUGGCUCUGAAACAGGGCAGGUGACUGUCAGUGUCUACAAGCGUGGAGAGAUACCCAUUGGAAUGGAAGAAAAGGAAGACCCAAGUGAGACCAUAACAAGAAAGCCUAAAUGAACCAGGCAACUAUAUCUCAGUGAAUUUAGAAGGAAUUUAACCCCUUUGGUUCCUUUUGAGUGUCUCCACCCUAAAAUUUAGGCUCAUUCCUUUAUUUUUGUUUCAGUAAUGUUGCAGUAUUUUCACUUUUUGGUUGCUAGAAAACAAUUCUCAUUUGUAAGUAAUUCUUAAGUUCUUUACUGUGAGAGUGGUGAGGUGCUGGAGCAGCUGCCCAGAGAGGCUGUGGAUGCCCCGUCCCUGGAG